UCCCUAGUCCUUACCAUAAUAAAUAAAUAAAUAAAAAUGUGGUAUCCACAACUCCAAAAACGGGUAUUCUUGAAACUUUGGUUACAAUGGAGGUUAACAGUUGAAGUUGAAGUUAUUGAUUCGUCGGUUGGUCUAAAUUUAGGAAGAAAUUUUACAAACAUGAGUUACAGAAGAGAGACUCGUGCUUCUAAAGCUGGCCUUUUUGAUGGAUACGAUAACAUUGAAGAGGGUGGUCUUAGGGCAUCUUCAACUGACAUUAGUGAAAAUGAGAAUGAUAAAGCUCUUGAUAGCCUAAAAGACCGGGUUUUCUUUUUGAAGCAGCUGUCUGGUGAUAUACAUGGUGAGGUUCUUAGCCAUAAUCGUCUCCUUCAUCGGAUGGGGAAUGAAAUGGAUGCAUCAAGAGGUAUAUUGUCAGGAACUCUUGACCGCUUCAAGAUGGUGUUUGAAAGGAAGUCAGGACGUGCAACUUGCAAGCUUGUUGGUUUCCUUGUGGCAUUUUUUUUGUUAUUGUACCUCUUCAUCAGGGUCCUUGGACAUUCUAUGUAGUGUGAAGUGAAGAAAUGCAGGCUAGUUUAUGUAUGAGAUGCAUGAGUGAAAAUUUUCUUGAUAUGAGGAGCGGCAACAACAGUGUGGAUGCACACUUGCAUGUUUGAGGGGGUGCUAGAUGAAAGGCGUGUGCACUUUUGGCAAGCUAACAAGCCAAAUGCAUGUGUAAUUUUUUAACAUAAUCUUUUGACGCAAAACUGACAAUUCAUUCAAUCAUAUACAAAUUUUGGUACUGUUUUGUAAAAAGGAAAUGGCACUUUGUAUAGGGUGGGAGCAAAAGAAUUAGUCUUAGAUCUAUGAACUUGAAGUGAUGGUGUGUGUUGGUUAUUGACUUGUUGUAUAACUGAGAUCAGCUUGAAUUUGAUUUUAGCCUUCAAAAUGGGUUGGUAAGGA